AUGUAAACGGAUCUCAGAUUAGUUGCCCAAGGUCUGCAGUAAUGUUGAUCAUGAUGGGCGCUACAGCUUUUGUGCAGUUAUUUUCUCUCAAUAUUGGUACAUCUUUGUCUUUUAAUGUAAUCCCAUUGUCCAAAGAGUAUUGAAAUACAACAUCAGAAUUUGCGCACGUCAACAAUUUUUGUGCCUUUUCACUUCAAGGCUAAUCUGAGUAAUAAUUCAUACUGGAAACGUCAUCCAGUUGUUAAUACUGCAUCACACUAUGUGGUUAUUAAAAAUAAACUUAUCUAAUAUAGAACUACUACGGUUUGAAGUUGUAGCAUCAGAAAUUUUGUUAAUGUUAAUAUUUAACCAACAAACCAUCAUUUGAUUUUGAAACCGACAUCCCUGAAUUCAACCCUGGUGUAGAUAUAACUCUUUUCAAUGAUUCUGAUGAUGAUUUUCUCAAUGAUGGAAUGUUUAAUGAUUUUGCAUCUGAAAGCAGUAUUGUUCUGCCUUCUAACUUGCCAAAAUUAUCUCCGAGAAAAUCUUGCCCCAGUAAAUUCACAACAAAAUCUCUUCAUCCCACAAAAGCAACAACAACAAGAACAACCACAACAGUAGUAGUUGAAAAUAAUCAUACAUCGAAUAAAAGACCGCCUUCUAAACAUCGUAAACUUCCAGGUCCUGCAGGUUUACUACCGAAGCUUCAUGAGCAAACAAAUCAGAAACAGCGUUCAGUGAAAUUAAAAUCUCCUAAAAGGAAUAAAGAUAAUCCAGUGUUUGAUUCACCUGAAAGAUGUUCAUUAUCAACAUCAUCAUUAUCUGAAAGUCAGUCUACGUCUAGUCAAGGCGAAGAAGCUGCUCUGCUCAGCCAAGUCCAACUGGAAUGUGGUUCAACUGUAUGGUCAAUAAUCGAAAAAUAUUCUAUAAAAGGAAUUUUAAAAAUGAUUACAUCUAAUCAGUUGCCAAGAGGUAAAAUACCAGUUAUGUGUGGUUUUCUUGACGAGAUAGAACUUUUACCGACGGAUGCUAAAGCUUUACUGAAAGAUAAUUCAGGAGUUCUAGGUUGUACAAUUCAUCGUUCUGUUAUCAAAGAGUAUAAAAAUUAUCUAGGCUGUUGUUCCUUGUUACUGCUAAAACAGGUUAGUAUUUUCAGUCCAACUGGUAAGAAAUUCUACGCUAAUAUAACACUUUCAAAUAUUGUGAAAAUUUACACACCUGAAAAUACAAUCCCUAAUUCAUUAAAUGGUCAACAUGCAGUGGCAAACUUUCCUCCUGCUUCUCCAUUAUCUAUACCUGAAGUAGAAACUUUGGAAGCUGACUGUCUGAGACCACCGACACCGCCGUCGUCUAACAGAGUAUCACUUUCUCCCAUCUCUAAACCAGUUUCUUCUUAUCGAAUACAACCACAAGUUAAAAAGCCAACAUUCACUACAUCUUCUGAACAAAUAACUGCAAACAGUUUCACUCCCCGAUCAAUUAAAUCGUCUAGUGGUUUAGGCGCAUUAUUAAAGUGCACUUCACUACCAGUGAACAGUAGUGUACCGACGAAUUGUGAUAAUAAUAAUAAUAAUAAUACUUUUGAUCAAAUCAGUUUUAGUCCACUUAACAAUACAGUUGAUGAACCGCACAAUACUACUAUUACUAAUACUACUUCAAUGGAUACAACUGGUCUCUUAGAAGAUGAUAUGGAUGAUUUAUUGUCCAGUAUAGCUGAUGAAAUUCCUUAAGAUCGAGAAGUAUCAGUGUAGAACAGAGGCGUGGACUACACAUAUCUGCAAAAACAAGGGGAAUGUAUCAGAAUUGCCCUCCUAAUCUCACCGCUAUACUUCUGGCUAUUUUUUGCCCGAACAAUAAUCUUCUGCUGCUUUGCAUAGCCUUUAUUAUUAUGAUUGACUAUUGUGUUUGUAUAUAUAUCGUUGUAAAUAAAUGAAGUGAGAAUGAAUAUUCUUUAUUAAUGUAUA